AUGUCGUCGCUCCUGAGACGUACAAUCCCGAGGGGUUUUACGCCGAGGCAGAGACUAUUAUUGCCUAGACAGCAGCCCCGACGGUUCCUCAAUUUUUCCCGGCCGAGGAACAUCUCGAGUCUAGAUAUCAGAAGUCCGCUAUCGAGACCGCAACUGCGCAACCUAUCGACAGACUCGGCACACAUCCCAAUAGUCACCGAAUCAGCCUCCACAAAACUUCCAGAGGAUUUCGGGUCUAGUCUACCUCUAUGCUGCCCAGGCUGCGGCGCGUAUUCGCAAACAGUCGAACCAAACGAGCCAGGAUACUACAGCAAAACCAGGAAACAAACACGACAAGCACAAGAUGAUGCCAAUAAGGAAGAAAAUCUGGGACAUGAAGAGGCUCUGUCGACGAUAAACGAAGUGCUUGAAAAGACGAGCGCAACCCCUAGGCCCGGCCGUGGGGAUGUCUUGCUCAGAAACGCAACCGAGACCGUUGGCAAAUAUCUCGAAAAGUCGCAACAGCCUGUACAAAUUUGCGAUAGAUGCCACGAGCUGCGACACCACAACAAAGGCGUGUCCGUGAUCUCGCCGACUAUACACUCCAUUCGAGCUUAUCUCGAUGAAACUCCACACAGAGACAACCGAAUAUACCAUGUUGUCGAUGCGGCGGACUUUCCGAUGUCGGUUGUCGACGGGAUAUACGAAGAGCUCUCGAUUCAAGAACAGCGGUCACACAAUCGGCGAGCUGCAAUGCAUAAAUACAAACACGGGAGGAAACUGCCGACUAUUUCGUUCAUUAUCACGCGCUCGGAUCUCUUGGCGCCGACGAAAGAAUUGGCUGACUCGAAAAUGGAGUACGUCCGAUCAGUCCUACGUGAAAAGUUGAGAAUCCCGAAUGAGGAAUUCCGCAUGGGCAAUGUUCACAUGAUCAGCGCCCAAAGGGGCUGGUGGACAAGUAAGGUCAAGGAGGAGAUGCGAGAUCACGGUGGCGGUCUUUGGAUUGUAGGAAAAACCAAUGUGGGCAAAAGCAGCUUUGUUGAAGCAUGCCUCCCAAAGGACUCGAAAAACUUUGAAAAAAUGGUGGAUCUUGUUGAACGCCGACAGCAGGAAUUGCGCGAUUCUUACGACCAGUCUGCUCUAACCUCUGAUGGCCUACUUCCGCCUGCGCCAAAAGAGGAUCUCUAUCCUGUUCUUCCAGUCGUAUCCCCACUUCCCGGUACUACGGUUUCGCCGAUCCGGAUUCCAUUCGGCCGUGGUAGAGGUGAAGUUAUCGACCUUCCUGGGCUUGAUCGCCCGGAUCUUUCUCAGUACGUCCUUGACGAAUACAAGCGCGACCUUAUCAUGACCAAGCGUCAAAAGCCUGAGCGACAUACCAUCAAGCCCGGCCAGUCCCUACUCCUUGGAAGUGGCCUUGUUCGGAUCACUCCAGUGGAUCCCGAUGCUAUAGUGCUUGCCGCAUGCUUCGUUCCAAUUGAAGCCCAUCUCACAAAAACGGAGAAGGCUAUUGAGAUGCAGGCACAGUCGCGCCCGUAUCCUAAAACGAACAUCGUCAUAGAAGGUACGGGCGAAUUAGUAUCCUCCGCCGGAGUGUUCGACCUUAAAUGGGACGUGACCAGAUCACACCUUCCGGGCACUAUCGCCCAGGCAAUCAAAGACAAACGGAUGAAGCAGGUACCCGACUUGCCUUAUAGGGUCAUGUCCGCUGAUAUCCUGAUUGAGGGAUGUGGCUGGGUUGAGCUGACUGCUCAAAUCCGCGCAAAGCCUACACAGGAUGGCGAUGAGCUAGCGAAGUCCUUCCCCCAGGUUGAAGUCUUCACUCCCAAUGGAAAGCAUAUUGCAUCGCGGAAGCCUAUCGAAUGCUUUGGACUCACCGAGCAAAAGAAAAAACACGAUCGGCGCAGAAUAGGGUCUCGGGGGCGCCAAAGUAUUUCGCAUACCAAACGGAUUUUGGGUUCUCAAGGGAAGCUGUGA